CUUUUUUUUUUAAAAACAAUCAAAUUAAUUUUAUUUAGAAAUAUAAUGUGUAAAUUGCUUUUAAUAUUCUUCAUGCCGAUGGUUGUGAUCUUCUGCGAUUAUCACGGUAAAGAGCUUCUCAAAGAUUUGUGCGAAGUUAAAAAGGAUGGAACGAGUAAUAUAAAGGACUUCUUUGCUUCUAGAAAGCUUACCAAACUUAAAAACCAGAUUUACUUGAGAAGAGAAUGGGACAAGAUUGUUUGGAAUGCUAAUUUUAAGGACAUUUUCAAGAAUGGAAUAUUCUUACGCGAAUAUUAUUUAAUAAUUCUUUGGCUACCUAUAAAACCUGAAUACCUUAGCGUUGAAAGCGAUUUAAGGGUAAAUCUUGCUAUAUCAUCUUCUAGUGGAUAUAUAUGGAGAAUCGAUUUUAGUAAUCCUGACAGAAUCAGUGAAGCAUUCGACCUUCCAAAUAACAUAAAAUACGAUGAAGUAGUACAGGAUGGUAAAGAUAUGGUUUUAAAAAAAUAUGACAAGGAUGGAAAAAUAGUCAACAUCACUAGGUAUCCAAAUUCACUUAUAUAUGCUGUGAGUAAUAAUUAUAAACUGUCUGGAAAAACUCAUAAAUUCAAAUAUGUUCUCAAGACAUGUAAAGGUUAA